CACCUCCAGCACACGCUUGUACUCCCUUCUUUAUGACCAUGCCAUCGGCUGCUAUUCCAUCUCGCGUCGACGCCCUCAUCGUUGGCGCCGGUCCUACUGGUCUGACGCUCGCCGCCGAGCUGGUGCGCCACGGUGUCGCCAACGUUGCAAUCGUCGAUCGUGCACCGGCGCCCGUGAUCCAGACAAAGGCCUCGGUGCUCUGGCCGCGGUCGCUCGAGCUGCUCGAGGUGUACGACGGCGUCGUCGACGCUCUGCACGAGCGAUGCCUCCGCGCCCGCCGGGCGACGUUUCGUGACCGAGGCGGUGUCAUCAACUCGGUGCCGCUAGGCGCGCACUUGGACUCGAAGUACACGUAUGGUCUCCUCACGGAGCAGUGGUACGCCGAGCAGUGCCUUGCCUCGUUCGUUGAAAAGCACGUUGCGAUCCAGCGGUCGACGACGCUCCAGAGCUACACCCGCACGCCAACUGCCGUCCACGCGACAGUGACCACCGCCGACGGCACCGACGUCGUCGUUGAAGCCAAGUACCUCAUCGGCGCCGAUGGCGCCCGAUCCAGCGUGCGCAAGCUCAUGCAUUGCGGCUUUGAGGGCGUUGUGAUGCCGGGGCAAUUUCUCUCGGUGCAUUUUCGCCCCACCGCACCGAUCGACGCCUUGGCCGACCUCGAUGGGCUGACGUUCUUUCUGUUUGAAAACGGCGCGAGCUUUGCGACGCCGAUGCCCAACGGCACGUUUCUCGUGGCCAUCGACAUGGACGACGCUGAGGGUGCAUCGUAUCGAUCGGACUCUGAGAGUGAUCGCCACGGCCUGCCGAUGCUGCGCGAGCUGACGCACUCGGAGCUCGAGGCGGUCGUGAGCGCGCACAUGGGCCCCGUCUCGUUUGAGUCGGUGCUCUGGGCGUCACACUUUCGCAUCAACGAGCGCCUCGCGGCAGCGUACGACGACGGCGGUCGCGUCUUUCUGGCUGGUGACGCAUGCCACUGCCACUCGCCGCUGUACGGCCAAGGCAUGAACACGGGAAUUCAAGACGCGGUCAACCUCGGUUGGAAGCUCAGUUUUGUUUUGCGAGGAUUCUCCAGCGACAGUCUCUUGCGCACGUAUGGAGAAGAGCGCCGGCUUGUCGGGGACGCCCUCGUCGCCAUGACGACGCGCGGCCAAAGCCUCGCCAGCAGCCGCAACACGUGGUUCCAUGCGCUGCGAAAGUUCGUGCUGCAGGUGAUGGCCGCCACCCCUCUCUUUGCGUCCAAAGCCGCAGCGUUUCUCGGUGAGACGGCGAUUGCGUACCGCGGAAGUGUCCUCUCGGUCGAGCACUGGGACAAGCCAUCGCUCGUGUCACACGCCUCGAAGUACCUGCGCCAAAUCUUUCGACACAUGCUUGGCGCGCGCGUCCAGGCGGGCGAUCGCUGCCCGUGGCACGUUCUGCCGUCUGCGACCUGUCCACGCGACACCACGCAGUGCCUUGCGCUGCUCUUUGAAGGAUGUGAAGACGCCACGGUGGCGCCAAUGACGACGGCGCAGCUCUCGGCGCUCGGCGAGCAGAUCGUACGCGCAACCAACGGCGUCGUCGGUACAUGUAUUGUCGUACCGGCGUCCAACACGGUCGCCAACGCGCGCUUUGGCGUCGGUGGCCAAUGCGUCUUCCUGCUCCGCCCCGAUGGGUACGUGGGACUCCGCUGCGAACCAGUGAGUGUCGAAUGCAUCGUUGACUACCUCGGUGCUCGACUUGGUGUUCUCAAGCUUUAAGACGCGGCGAAAUUUGAGCCUGUGGCGUCCGAAUGGGUUCUGUACGCGGCCGCCAGUGCUGUUGCGGGCGGCGCACUGGUGCAGUGCCUAGUCCAAGUCAUUGCUUAAUGCAUUUGCUCAAUACAUUUGAUGACUAUAUAA